ACGCGGAGAAACAAAUAGGCAGAUACAAAGUUUUAGACUCAACUCGGUCUCUCCCAACUCAGUCGCAGCAACGGCCAUGGCUUCCAUCCACUCCAUAGCUCCCCAGAGCUUCCUCCCUCUCCCAAACUCCAAACCCAGAAAACCCACUAAUGCUCACCCAAAACCCAUCUUAAGCUCCAAUCUUUGCAACUCCAAACUCUCAAAGAACCAAACUUUCCUGAGAAACAAACGGAAAGACAGGUGGAUUUUGAAGUCUCUGGUUGAUCAAGAAGAGUGUGAUGUGAUCCCAGUUCAGAGAACUGACUGUACGGACCAGCAGGAAGGGAUGGCUGUGUGCAGGGUGGAGUGUGAAGGUGUGGAGGGCGAGUUGGCGAGUCAGGUAGGUGGGUUUGGAGCAAGUGAGGGAAGGCUUUCCUUUGAAGUGGCUGGUGGGUUUGGAUCUUCUGGGGUUGGAAAUGAGAGGGAGAGUGAGGAAUUUGAGAGGCUCGUAGAUAGGACUAUCAAUGCCACUAUUGUGCUCGCAGCUGGUACUUUUGCUAUCACUAAGUUGCUCACUAUUGAUCAGGAUUACUGGCAUGGUUGGACUCUGUAUGAGAUCCUAAGAUAUGCACCUCAACACAACUGGAGUGCUUAUGAGGAAGCUCUCAAGACUAACCCAGUUUUAGCCAAAAUGGUGAUUAGUGGUGUGGUGUAUUCUGUAGGGGAUUGGAUUGCACAGUGCUUUGAAGGAAAACCUCUAUUUGAGUUCGAUCGUACACGAAUGCUCAGGUCAGGUCUUGUUGGAUUUACUCUCCAUGGUUCCCUCUCUCACUACUAUUACCAGUUUUGCGAGGAGCUUAUUCCAUUCCAAGACUGGUGGGUGGUUCCUGCCAAAGUAGCCUUCGACCAAACUGUAUGGGCAGCAAUUUGGAACAGCAUUUACUUUACCGUUUUGGGAUUUUUGCGUUUCGAAUCACCCAUCGAUAUUUUUAGUGAACUGAAAGCGACAUUCUGGCCCAUGCUGACUGCUGGGUGGAAACUUUGGCCAUUUGCGCAUCUUGUUACCUAUGGUGUGAUCCCUGUCGAACAAAGGCUCUUAUGGGUGGACUGUGUAGAGUUGAUCUGGGUGACUAUACUGUCAACCUAUUCAAAUGAAAAAUCAGAAGCAAGGAUUUCUGAGGCACCAGUUGAAGCAAAUUCCAGUUCUUCAAACACAAGUCCUCUUGAGGAUUAAACAAAUCAAGAACAACCAAAAGAUCAAAGAGGAAUUCUUACAUGAAAGAAAUGGGCAAGUUAAGGUGUAAAAGAUCCACUUCGCGACGUACCGUGACAUAAAAGAUGAAAUGCCUGGCGAUGUGGAUAUAUCCCUGGGCUGUCUGAUUAUGGUAUAUAUAUAUACACAUACUGCACCAAUCUCAGAAACAUGCUUGUGCACGUUAAGCGACACCGCCCCAUAUAUAUGCAUGAAGACCCUGGUAUAUAAUUUUUUAGAUCAUUUAACUAAGUAAUUCAACAACCUUAAACAGAAAAAAGAAAAACUAAUUAAUGUAAAGGUAACAAGAUUUGUAUAGUUUGGCAAAAGUUGGAUACAAAUAUUUCUGAUUCGGAUAUGCUGUCACGUUUUAGAGGCGUCUUCUGGCUUAGUGGCAUUUGUUUUCUGUCACUAGAGUAACAACUGGCGCUUAAUAAUACAACAGGGGAUUGUUUAAA